AUGUGCGACACCAUCAGCAUCCCGCCCUUCUUCGCCAACCGCCAGUACUGCGACCUCAUCAUUCGCUACGGCCCAACCGGCGGACGCAUCGAACUCCCCGCCCACAAACUCAUCGUCUGCCCGCAGAGCAAGAUUCUCGAGACCGCCUGCAACGAGAUCUGGAACCCGCGAUACAGCGACAUCCUCUUCCAGCAGGGCACCAAGACCGUCUUCUGCCUGCACCCGCGCCACAACCCCAAGGCCAUCGAAGCGGUCUUCGAGACCUUCUACCACUUGCAGCACGACACCAACGAGUGGCUGAAAGACCAGGCGUGGAGCGACGUCGUCCACAUGCAUGAGAUUGCGAGGCUCUUCGGCGCUCCGACGCUCGUCCAUGCCACCAAGGUCGCUCUCGUGCAGAUGAUGAAGAAGAUGACGGAGGAGAACGAUCCGGAGUUGGGGUUUGCUACGGCCAUUAUUGCCGGCUACCCGAGUUUGAGGGAGGGUCUCCAGGACAUCGAGCUCGACGAAGCCAUGCACUUGCUCGGCGGUAUGACGAUUGAAUAG